UUUCGUGGGGUUUACGCCCCAGGCAGCCAGGCUCAGUUAAUAUAUAUACCUAGUUGUGAUCAGAAGUGAAUCAACAUCGAUUACAUGCAACAUAUUUCGCCUUGGUGCUAGCUCUAGCUUCGUGCAGGGUUUACCGUUAGCGAUGCUGCUAUAGAGCCCACAUGCGGGUUUCAGUCGACUAAAAAUAGCCACUCUACGGAUGCUUUACACAGCUCACUUGUACUUUUACGUACAAUGUCGCUAACAGCAUGAAAAUGUAUUACGUAGAUCAACAGAUUGAUUAAAGGUUGAUGUUUCGCACGCAUCAUUUGAAUAUAUUAGCUGUUAGCAUGAAGUGACGCUCGUGAUAUGCGAUUUUGUUCGGGAAUCGGCUCGGUGCUAUGGCGACAGAAACGGUUGCAGGGCCAUGCACUCUACGCGAACUGAAGGCCAUUUUAACUGCACCAACUGGUGGAGUAGUUGUGUACCCAACGACAUCGUACGAUGAAGUGUACCUGAACCUCUUCAUCGGGGACGAAGAAAUUGCUCAUCGAAAAGCAACUCUUCGCAGAAUCGGGAUAACACAUGUCAUCAAUGCAGGACAAGGUGAAACAGAAUUCCACGUGAACACGAAUGCAGCGUUCUAUGUUGGAACUGCUAUUCGGUUCUUAGGUAUCGAAGCUACAGACAUGAUGUCGUGUGAUAUGACGAUACACUUCCAGACAGCUGCCACUUUUAUUGAAGAAGGACUACGUGAGGGUAAGGUCUUAGUACAUUGCAGGGAAGGGAUAAGCCGAUCCGCGACAGUUGUUUUAGCUUUUCUUAUACUUAGAAAGAAUAUGACUGUGCAAGAGGCAGUUCGCAAUGUCAGGAGAUACAGAGAGAUAAACCCUAAUGAUGGAUUUCUCCAGCAACUUUGUGAUCUAAAUGCCAUUGUUUUUAAGUCCCGAUGUAGUAAGUAAUACAUUUAAUCAAAUUGUAAGCAAAUGACUGUUAUCAAUAAACAAAUGAGAGAAGUGACUAUAUUUCCUCAUUGCCUGUUUAAAUUAGCAUCAUCACUUUAAGUAGUUUACUACUGCGAUGAUAAAAAAUUACAAUACAGAAAAAUAAAUUUAAAAGUUUACCAUCAAAUUAUUAUUUUAACACCGAGAUUAACAUAUGACUUUUGCAUUUAAUUAUAUAUAUAUAGUGUUUAUUAGCAUACACAAUUACCAGAAACGGUCACAAAAA